UAUAUUUAGUGUAUUUUGGAUGUAUACUAACGGAGAAAAUAUUUCAUUCGGGCACUGCAUGUCCGGACAGUCAAUCACAAGCGGCCUGUCAUACACAUCAUCAGCGGCCAACAUGACGGGCAGUGAUUAGCCAUCAUGUUCGUCCGGAUGGAAUAUAUUUUCAUUCCAAUGAGCACACUUAAAAUAUAUAUCAAGAAAGAGAGUGCGUGUGUGAUUAAAAAGAAAGCUAACAGUGUGAUUCCUCCUAGCCCCCUUGAGAUUUCGAUCGAUGCGGUUAAUUAAGCCCAUAGAGAGGGCGAGGGGGCAAUCAAAUGCGGCCUACGCACCUCGCUCACCAUGCAACGGACUUCACCGCAAUCGCCAACCUCUUCGCCGGCCAUCUCCAACUCCUCGCUUCCCAAACCUCCCGUCUUCCCCACUCCUUCCUCCGCCGCCUCCGCUCUCUCCACGCCCAUCUCCUCUUCUCCGGCUUCAAACCCCAUAGGCACAUCAUCAACCGCUUCAUCGACCUCUACGCAAAGCACGGAGACAUCCCAUCUGCUCUUCAUCUCUCCCACACCUCCCUGCGCCUCGACGUCGUCGCCCAGACCUCCCUCAUCAAUGCCUACUCCAACUCCGGCGAUCUCCUCCACGCACGCAAGGUGUUCGAUGAAACUCCUAUGGCUGUCCGCGACACCGUCUUCUACAAUGCGAUGAUAUCUGGUUACUCCCGUGCCAGCGAAGGUCCGCCGGCUGUCGUGGUUUUCCGCAGCAUGCUCCGGGAUGGAUUCCAACCUGAUGAUUACACAUUCACCGGAAUUCUUAGUGCGGCCGCUUAUCUCAUUAAUCUGGACCUUGUACAGUGUCAGCAGCUCCACUGCCCCGCCGUGAAGGUGGGAACAGAAUCAGUGGUUUCUGUUUCAAAUGCUCUCAUAGCGUUGUACGGCAAAUGCGAGUCUUUUGUAGCCGGGCUAACUGCACGCGAGGUGUUUGAUAAGAUGACUGAAAGGGAUGAGCUGACUUGGACGACCAUGGUUGUCUGGUACGUCAGAAAAGGCGAUGUCUUUUCUGCACGCCAGGUGUUCGACCAAAUGCUGGAUAGGUUUGAUGUUGUCUGGAAUGCGAUGAUCUCCGGAUAUGUUCACCAUGGACUUUUCACAGAAGCUUUUGAAAUUUUUCGAAGAAUGCUCUUCUUAAACCUCCCUCUUGAUGAAUUUACUUAUACCAGUGUGCUCAGCGCUUGCGCAAAUGCCGGUUUGUUUCGUCACGGCCGGUCUGUGCAUGCUAGAAUUAUCCGCCACCAGCCGUGCUUUGAUCCAAAAUCUUCUCUACCGGUUGAAAACGUUUUGGUUAGCCUGUACUCAAGAUCCAGCAAGAUGGAGCUUGCAAGAAGAAUUUUUGAUGGAAUUCUCAUGAAGGAUUGUGUUUCCUGGAACGCAAUUUUAUCAGGGUACGUGAAUUCAGGCCAAAUGGACGAUGCUCGCGCCAUAUUUGAGGUCAUGCCUCGCGACAUCCAGCUUCCAUGGACGGUAAUGAUGUCGGGACUGGUUCAGAGCGGGCUUCCAGAGGAAGCCCUGAAGCUUCUUAAUCGAAUGAAAGCCGAGAAAGUGAAGCCAUGCGACUAUACCUACGCAGGAGCCUUCUCUGCUUGUGGAGAUCUCGGAGCACUGGAACAUGGCCGGCAGCUUCACGGACAGCUAAUUGGUUUUGGCUAUGAAUCCAGUAAUUCAGCAGGUAAUUCCCUCGUGACAAUGUACGCCAAGUGCGGAGCGAUCGAUGAAGCUCAUCAGGUGUUCCUCGUCAUGCCCAAUUUAGACUUCGUCUCGUGGAAUUCAAUUAUCGCCGCCUUCGCGCAGCACGGCCAUGGAAACGAGUCCAUCGAGCUCUUCGAAAUGAUGAUUAACGAAGGCAUCCAGCCAGACCGACUUACUUUUCUCACUGUGCUCACUGCCUGCAACCAUGCCGGCUUAGUUGAUGAAGGUUUCCAAUACUUCGAAUCAAUGCAGCAUGAUUAUGGCAUUAUACCCGGAGAAGAUCAUUAUGUUCGAUUGAUAGAUUUGUUGGGACGCGCCGGGAGGAUCGAAGAGGCUAACGAUGUGAUCGAAAACAUGCCAUUUGAACCAGGUACGGCAAUAUGGGAAUCAGUUCUCGCCGGUUGCAGAACACACUGUAACAUGGAUCUCGCCGUCCGUGCAGCAGAUCAGCUCUUCAACACCAUGCCGCGACAUCACGGUUCAUACGUUCUUCUAUCGAACAUGUACGCAUCUUCGGGGCGAUGGGAGGACGUGGCGAGGGUGAGGAAGAUGAUGAAGGACAGAGGGGUGAAGAAGGAGCCUGGGUGCAGUUGGAUCGAAGCCGAGAGUAAGGUGCAUGUAUUUCUCGUUAGUGAUGCAACGCAUCCUGAAGUUUACAGAAUUUAUAGAUUCAUGGAGGUGCUUGGAGCGAGGAUGAGGAAGAUGGGAUAUGUUCCGGAUACCAGAUAUGUGUUGCAGGAUGUUGAAUCGGAGAGGAAGGAGUAUGUGAUUUCGACGCACAGCGAGAAGUUGGCGGUGGCUUUCGGGCUGCUGAAAGUGGCUGGAGGAGCUAAAGUUAGGGUUUUGAAGAACUUGAGGAUAUGUGGGGAUUGCCAUUGCGCGAUCAUGUUCAUGGCGCUGGCCACUGGGAGAGAAAUUGUUAUCAGGGACGCGAAGAGGUUUCAUCAUUUUAAGGAUGGGGAGUGUUCAUGUGGUAAUUAUUGGUGAAUUACACCUUUCUUUUUUUUAUUUUUAUAC